AUGAAAACAGGGGGAGGUAAUUCAACAGAUGAAGAAGAGCAAACUGAUGGUGUUGAGAGUAGUGACCGAGUGUGUUCAGUGAAUCAUUCAGAUCGGUUGAGCAGGGGAAAUAAAGACGUCAGUUCUGGUGAUGUACAAUCUGCACAAAGUGUUCAUGCUGAACUGUUGAUGCCCACCUCAAGACAGUUGGACUCAGGGCAGGUUUUGUCUGCAGGAGCAGAUGGUGUUUCUGGGAAGGGAUUAGAGUCAUUUCAGCAGGCCUCAGGGAUGGUCAUGUUUAAUCCGUCGUUAGGGUCAGAAACAUUCACAACUCAUCCCUGGGAAACAAGUGAUGUUGCAUCAGAAAGGAUGAAGUUGGAUGCUGAUCUGUUAUUUGGUACUUGCACCUCUGACCACAAAUGUCUUGAUGAACUAUCCAGAAUCCCAGACUUCUGUGACAAGACUGGUGGCAGCACUGUGAGAUUUGGUGAGAGGACUUUGCCUUCAGGUGAGACACAGUUCCCCACAGACAUGUGUUGGUGUGAGGUGGCAGACGGUCUGAGUCACGGCUGCCCAGAGAUGAUGAAGCUAGUGGUACAAGCUGCAGCAUCACAGAUGGCGAUGACGAGGAAGCAUAAGUUGAACCUGAAGCUUCUCCACACCUGCGCUGUGAGUGGAGCACCUGUCAGACACACAGGUGUGGUGCCAGGUCUGGUGGCGAGGUGUGACUCACACACACUCUCACACAUCCUCUCACACACAGACAAAUGCUGGAAUGUUCUGCUGUUGAAUGGGGACCUGAGCUGCAAGUUCCGCCACAAGGGGUACAAGGAUGCCGUGAAGGGGAGCUGUGUGGGUGGUGUAGAGUCUGUGGGACAUCUCAGUAGACGGGACCAGUGGUUGCAGCACUGUGUGAAGAGACUGACUGAGCUGUCAGUUGACAUGGUCCUUGUGAAGGGCCUGGUUGAGGAGAGAGUGAUGGACACGCUGACCGCUAGUGGUGUGGUCACAGUUCACAGUGUUCCCUUCCGUCUCCUGGAAGCCCUGAGAGAGUCAACAACCACGGAGCUGUGUGUGUAUGUCACAGAGGCCAGCAAGAGCCAUGUAUGUGAGAGUCUGCACGUCCGGCCAUACUUCCCGUCUUGGUGUGACCAUCUCAGUAGUCAUGACCCACAGGCAGCUCACAUAGUGCUAGACACUGCCGUGGCAACAGCACUACAGACAAUCGUGCUGUGUCACCCAAGUUCUCAUGCCAACGACAUACAGGAACAGGAAGUUGGUCUGUGUAGCCACAGACUUGCUAAUGCUUUGCAUGAUGGGAUUGUUCUGCCUGGUGGGGGAGAAGCCGAGAUAUUCUGUGCGGAGUACCUCCAGGAGAGAUGCAGCAAGAUUGAAGAGGUCACCUGUGACCUUGACCUUUACAGACCUGUGGUAACUGAAGCAGUGGCAGAUGUGUUUCACAAGAUGGGCAGAUUGGUUACUAACAACUGUGCUCACCCCCAACGUACUGAAUCUCUUGAUGAUCACAGAAUGUUGGGCAGUUCAUCUCUGGAGAGAACUUGCCACUCAUCGAAUCUUCCACACACAAAUGGCCCUUCACUGCAACACAAUAACCCAAACAAACUGUGUGAUGUUCAGGGGAUGUCUUGUAAGAAUAGACAUGAAAGAAGUUCUCUUUCGUUUGACAAUUACAAUUCUAAGAUGGCUGCCUGGUCUGCAGCUAUGGAUACUGUUGCCAUGGUAACCCAGACAGAUGCUCAUGUCGUGACAGGAGUGUCAUCUGAUGAAGAUGGGAGACGUGGAACCUUUGUGAAGGGCAUAACUUUGUAAAAUAAAUGAAAAUGUUCA